AUUUCUCGAACUACUAUUAAUAAGAAAAAUAUAUUUUUGUCUUUUAUGUAUGAAAAUCGCGGAAAGGUUUAUCUUUCAAAUCCAUCUAACAAUUUCGUAAUUUAUUUUAGAAGACGCCUUUCUGAAUAUCCAUUCGUGCCUCGGCAUAUAUACAACAAAAAUGGCUGCCCGUUUUCCGUCGGGCAUCCAAACGAGCAGAGUCAGUCCAGCAUAUCUUCACGGAAAUUCAACCAGUCACACUUGGGCAUUUAGUGCGGUUGCCGAACUUAUCGACAAUGCCUAUGACCCUGAUGUUAAUGCAUCAGAGAUCUGGAUUGACCAGCGAUUGAUUGACAAUAAGGUUUGUCUCACAUUUGUAGACAAUGGUAAUGGAAUGACACCAGACAAAUUGCACAAAAUGCUUAGCUUUGGCUAUUGUGAAAAAGAUAAAUUUACCUCCGGUAAACACCAGGCUGUUGGACAAUAUGGUAAUGGAUUUAAGUCUGGAUCCAUGCGUCUCGGUAAAGAUGCCAUUGUGUUUACACGUCAAGUGAACAACAUGAGUGUGGGUCUCCUGUCACAAACCUACCUUAAUAACAUAAAUGCACAGACUGUGCUGGUGCCCAUCGUCACAUGGAAUCUUCCCGAUAAGAGAAGAAGACCUACUCCAGAUAUGGCACACAACCUGCGUGCCAUCUGCCAACAUUCCAUAUUUAGAACAGAAAAAGAUUUACUAGAAGAAUUAGAGGUCAUGGAAAAGUUAAGGACAGGAACUAAGAUUAUGGUCUACAAUUUGAAAAGAAAAGAAAACAAGGUGUUGGAACUAGACUUCAGUAGUGACCCAUAUGAUAUACGAAAUCCUGAAACACACAUGAUGGACUUCUCCACCAUUAACAGGGCAACCACAGACCACAUACCAGCCUAUAUGGUAUCCCUUAGGGAAUAUUGCAGCAUAUUGUACUUGAAACCCAGAAUGAAAAUUGUUCUGAGAGGAAAGAAGGUGAAGACUAAACUAAUUCACAAGUCACUGUCUCAGACAGAAACGGAUGUCUACAAGCCAACCUGGGCACCAAAACCCAUACCCAUCAAAUUUGGAUUUGCUCCUCGAAAGAAUUACAAGGAUUAUGGUGUUAUGUUGUAUCACAAAAAUAGACUAAUAAGAGCCUAUGAAAAGCUUGGAUAUCAGAAACAGCCAAAUGAACUCGGAUUGGGAGUGGUGGGUGUGGUUGAGGCCUACUUUCUGACCCCUACUCACAAUAAACAGGACUUCAACAAGGAUGAAAAGUACAAUGCGUUAAUCAGCAGUGUUUCCUUGAAAUUGAAUGACUACUGGAAUGAGAAAAGAGGCACAGGUGUAGUAUUAGGAUCCCAGCCAGUACAAGCAGUGGCCAACGUCAAUCCAGACUGGACAUGGGCACAGUGUGAUAACUGUCUACAGUGGAGACGUCUACCUAUACAGUUCAGGUCUGAGGACCUCCCUGAUAAGUGGUACUGUCACAUGAAUCCAGAUGCACAGUUUAAUCGUUGUGAUAUACCAGAGGAACCAGAGGAUGAGGAUGAAGCACUACAUGGACCAACAUAUAAAAAGACCUUCAAAAAAAUUCAGAAUGAGAAGAAAAUGCGUCUGAAGAUGAUGGAGGCAAAUCAACAGCGUGCCAGAGAAAUGGCUUUACAGGCCAGAGAGCAAGCUCUAAGACAGCAAGAGGCUAACCAGAUCAGAAGCUCUCCUCAGAGUCAAAAGGUAUCCAGCUCACAAGAAAAAAAGUCAGAAAGUGCACAAAUGACCAAAAUGAUGAUGGAACUACAAAAGUUCAAAAAACAAGCUGAGCGUCAACAAAAGAUAAUUGACCAGUUACAAUCCAAAAGGAAGAAAGUUGAUGAAAACCUUGAAAAAAUUGCUGGUGGAUUAGAUACAGAUAACCUUUUGGGGAAUAUGGUCGGUAGCAGUCCGAGAGCUGUUUCAUCUACAAGUUCCAAGGACAAUGAAUCAAUCUGUAUCAAGACUGAGGAUGGGGAUGUAGUGGCAGUGAUUCCAUGUAAUGAGCCCAGUUCCUCUAGUGACAACGAUAUAGUUGAUCUUACACUGGACGAUGAGGACUUUGAACCAUCCACACCAAAAAAGCAAAAAAUUUCCUCAACAAGCCAGGAGCUUAAACCAGACAUCAGUAAAAUCAAAAUAGAGAAGGACAUCAUUAGUUGUAAACGUGACAUUGCGACACAGACUACAGAACGCGCUAAAGGAUGCACAAGAGACUGUGCAAAAAAAAUAGAGGAAGGUAAAAAACACUUAACAGAACUUCAGAGGAAGGUGUACAAGCUCCUGAAAAUUAUAGUCCCCGAUGAAGAUAUAGGAACAGCUGAUGGAGUAGAGGAGAUAGUGACAGAGAUGAUCAAACACAAUCAACCAUCAUAGUGCUUAGUCGUACUUGUCUGUACUGUGUUCUAGCAAGCCUUAAAUUCCUGGACAAGUCACCUUUUGGUAACUUAAUACCUUUGGCUUGCUGAAAUAUUUGGAGAUGUACCCAGAAUUCCUUUUAGAUACAUUAGAAUAGGAAGGGGUUUAUUGAGAUAUUAUCAAAACCAGAUAUCAGACACACAAGAGUUUAUACAAUCACUGUAACAUUUUAAUAUUUCUUAUAUAUACAUGUCCUAUUAAUGUUUUAGCGUGUCCAGCACCUAUGGGACCUCUCAUAGUGAGCUUAUAUCAUAUUAUAGCACCUAUGGGAUCUCUCAUAGUGAGCUUAUAUCAUAGUAUAGCACCUGUCCUUCAUCUUUUUUCCACACUUCUUUAAAAAGAUCUAUUUUUUGAUAAUUAUCCUCAUUGGAGGUGGUACAAAGUGGGACAUCACUGCUUAAAAAGAAGCAUUCCCCAAUGAGACAUGGUCAGAUGACAUAAUGGAUAUUUCACCAAAGCAAGUCAGGUUCAUUCAGUUUCCCAGUUACUAAACUUUGUUUUUUUUUUAAUCUGGUAACACAUGUGAUAUGAAUAAUAAACUUAAUUUAUUGCGAUGUCGGUCAAAACAACAUGAUUUAGUCAUUAUGUCACAGACAUGUUCUUGGUAUCAUUACACCAAUGAGAAUUACCCAGGUAUGUGAGAAUUAUGAUCAAAUUCUUUCUCUUUUAAUGUGGGUAGGUUAUAUUGUUGCAAUGUAGAGGAAAUUGAAGUAUUUCUUUAUUCAUUACUAUGUGUCUACUCAAGGGCUGUUUUAUUUAACUAGACUAAAUAUUUAGAGUUCAGGCAGCCAAGGGCUGGAAGUGUGCGAGAACAAUUGAUGGAUAAUUGAUGUUAGUUAUGUAUGUUCGUCGUAAUUUAUAAUGUUAGGGUCCAUAUUGUUUUGUACUUUAAUAGUCUAGUUGUUUUAUCGCUGUUCCUCUGAUCUCCCAGGUGCUACAGAGAUGUAUAUAUAAUUAUUUUAACAUAUUUUUCCUUCCAUCAGUCUGUAUAGCAAACUUCUUCUAUCACAUCAUUUGAGGCAACAAUUAUCAGUUUACAAUUAGUUUCAUUCUUACAAUUAUCAGAUAUAAAAAAAAAUCGUGUGUAUUAGGGAAAAGCUAAAGAAACAAAUCUAGAGGUGUAUUAUUUAGAAUUUAUUUGAAGCUCUGGAAUACCUUGGAAUGCUCUACCAAGAGUGUUCUUUACAGAGACCUUUAUAGUAAGUUGGGAGAGGAGGGAUACAGGAAUCAGCAUGUCUGUCUGUCUUUAAACAUGUUCUUGUGUCUCCCUGGAUGCAUUUUAUGUUCCAUUAAUUUUUACCAGAGUUAUACAGCCCUUGAUUCCACGAGUAAGAUAUCUUGUCCAGACUUCUCCUAACACAAUUAACCAAUUUCAUUGAAACUGCACAAAAAUGUAAAUGACCAUGUGGAUAUGGGCUAGUUGUUCUUUUUUGUUUUGUUUUUGUUUUUGUUCAAAUUUUUGGUUGCCAUGGUUAAUAAAACACUAUACAUCGGUUUUAUGUACUGGCUGAUGUAAUAGGUCAUUGGUCCAUAGAUUGAUUUUAUUUAAACUUGGUCAAGUGGUUUAACUUAUUAAUGCCUAUAAUUAGAGACAUUAGGUGUUUCCACAAUAUGGAAAUAAAAUAGGGGCUUCUGAUUCCUCAUAAUUGAGAUAUUGUCUUAUUAGGCUGAAAAUUGGUAUGCAAGUGUUUUGAGGUGUAUAUAUAGCAAAUACAAUGGUACUAUUUUCAAAACAGUCUUUUGGUUGCAUGACCACAACUGAAGAUUAGUGAGGGUAUUAGUUAGCCAUUUGUUACAGUACUAGUUAUGAUGUUAAAUUAUGUAAUAAACAUUCACUGAAAGGGGAGGGGUCCGGUAUAUUGAUUUGGGUUUUUCCGUCUGUCAUGCUUCCUUUCUGUGCAAAUACUCCCACAGAUGUCAUCUGAUUAUCAUCAAAUUUAAUAACAGAGUCAUGUCCCUUGAUUCAACAGAAUUUAUCAUUUUGUCGAACUAUAAUGACAUGUUUACUCCUAACCUGUAAAAUGUUUACCUACAAUAUAUCAGGAAAACGGUGGAUAUAAAUUCCACAAGUUUUCUUGUUAAUGAUAACAUGUAUUAAAAUCCUUCUGUCUUUUUGUCACAGCAUUUAACUGAGCUGUAUAGGUAUCUGACAGUGUAUACUUACUGGUUUAUUAAACUGUGAUCAGGAGAAAGCAUGAUGGUCUUUCCCAAUCUGAAUCAUAAGGUCCAUCUUCCAUUAGAAUUUACAUAUGUUGUCCAUUAUUUUUAAUUGUAAGUUUUAAUCACAUCUCGUAUAUCGUUAGUUUUAUCAGCAUCAUAUAUAUUCGUUAUGUGCAGUCUUCCCAUUGCCAUCUCGUAGGUAGUUUUUGUUAUUUACUACUAUCAUAUUGGUUAUUUAAUCAACAGUAAGCCUUUGGCUGGUGUUAAGGCCACCCAUGUCUAUCACAGUUGUGUGGUAAUGGUUACAUAUAUAUUAAGUUGUCCUGUAUUAAACCCUGUAUAGUUUUUAUGUGUAAGUGUGUUAUGUGACUAUACCAUACUUCAGGACUUGUUUUCCUGUGCAUGUACUUGGUAUAUGUCGGUUAAUAAUCAACCCUUUAGUGCUAUCACUAGCAUCGUGACGUAGGUAUAUCAGAAUUUUUUCACCAUUUUGAAGCUAUGUGUAUAACCAAGGGUUAACUUAUUGAAUUGAUAGGGCUUAUCUAGUCAUUUGGUGUCACUAAUUUGUACGAGUGGGAUACAUGCUUAUUUUCCAGAAGAUGUUUCUGAUUUUACUUACAGGGUCUAUCUUGUUUUGUUGUUUUUGGGUUUUAUUUGUUUUUUUAGGUUUUCAUAGUGCACUGAUGCCAGAUUAUUAUUCAUCAGACUUAAGAAAAAAGAAUGUAGCUUCUUUCUUUUGCAACUAAUGAGGUCGUAAAUUGGUGUGCGUUGUGAAAUUCAUAAAAUUAAACCCACACAAAAAAGUAAUAGCUACAGAAUAUUCCCAUCAACGUCUUGUAAUUUAAGUCACGUUUAAAAUUUAUUUAACUUUUGUUCAUUUUUAGCCCACCAUCAGCAGAUGGUGAGCUAUUCAAAUUGCUAUUCAUCCGUUGACUGUCUGUCCGUAAGCAAUCCGUCUUAUUGCUGUUUCUUGAGGAGUGCUGGAAGAAUUUUUUUUCGAACCUCACAGGUAUACGCAGGUUCCACAGAGUCCCUUGUUGUGCUCAUUCAGUUUUUAGUCUAAUUGGGAAUAAUGGCGGAAAAGUGGCCAUCUCCUUUCUGAAACUUGAUGGGUAGGUUCCUUUUAGUGUCUUGUCGUGUGUAUUUAUUUUUUUCCAAAGCACCAAUAAACAAUAAAGAUCCUUCAAUGAUGAGUGCCAAGAUCCUUUUCAGAUCUCUUAUAUUUAUAUAUGAUCUAAUGUAUUUUCUUGCCUUUACUAGUGAAUGUUGUAAAACAGUAGUUGAAGGGAGGGGCGCUGUGAUCUUGUUAUGAUAAAAGGAUAUUUUGUUUUUGAUUAUUUGUAAUAUUAGCUCAAUUUCCAGUUCACCCACUUCAACUUUAUACUGAAAUACAGUACUUAUUGACUAUAAGUCCAGACCUGUAAAAGGCCCACAAUCUGUUGAAAUUCAUUAAAAAUGUUUGUUGCCCAACCUCCUACUCCUACUUUGAUUAAUGCUACAGUACGUGUAUUGGCCCUCCAGGCCUAUUGGUAAAUAAAUACAAUGCUUUUUUCAUACCAAGAUUGUUGUAAUUCAAAAUUCAUUUGGUGUAAGCUUUUCCUUCGACAGAUGACUAACAAAAUCAACUGCAUACAGAUGUUCGUUUUUCAACUGAAAAUGUAUGUGUUUAUGAUUGUUAACUCCAGUAUAUAAAAUUGAUUAAGGCAAAUUAAUAGACAUGUUAGAAAAUACUUUUGAUUCCUAAUUUAUAUGAUGCCGUAAAAUGGCUUGAAGGUAAAAAUGGUAAAUGAUUCAGAGUCCUGGUGCUUUGUUUUUAUAUGCAUGGAAAGUGUAAACACAAGCGAUAUUCCUCCAUCUGAUUGAAGUACAGAUCACUGUUACACACUGUGUUAACUAUACAGUAGUGUGUAAUUAUGUGUUUUAAUCAGAUUGGAUAUUCCUGUGAUAGGCCGUAUAAACAUAUUGACUGUAAUCUACCAGGGGAUUGUUAAUUCCACCGUGAAUAUUUUUGAAACUAUUGAGUUUUGUUUGUGAAUUAAUCACAGUGAUGCUAUGAUUUGUAUCAGGUGUGUUGAAAUUUCAAUAUCAAAUAUGCGGAGAAAUUGCCUCAAGUUUUAUUAUCUCACCUGGCCCAAAGGGCUGUUGAGCUUAUGCUAUGGCACGUCGUCUGUCAACAUUUCCUUUAAAAUGCUACUAGUCCUGAAUGCCUGAAUGGAUUUUGAUUAAAUUUGGAUCGGAGGGUGGGGCCCAGUAGAAGAAGUCGAGGAAAAUCCUUUAAAUCAUUAUUAACUUGUCCUGAAUGACUGAAUGGAUUUGGAUGAAAUUUAGUCUGAAGCAUUAUUUCGCAAAGGAGAACUAAUGUAUAAACGAAGGUUGUGGCUCCCCUGUGGCCAGAGAGAUGAGGAAUUAUAGGGGAAAUAUUGAGAAAAACCCCCCCAAAAAAAACUCUAAAAUCCUUCUUCUUGAAGAAUGACAGGAUUUGGUCCUUAUUUGGAAGGUUGGAAGAUGAAGCAAAAAUGGUAGAAAAAUAAUUGUAAUUUAGCUUAAAGUAUUUUGCCAUGAUUACUGUAUUCAGGUGAGCGAUGCAGCCCCUCUUGUCCUUUUGUUUAACCUAGUAACCCAGAAAUUAUCGGCCUAAAUUUGUUCCUUUGUAUCAUGGUUUUUUUAAUGCACAGAGAAAUAUGGUAAAUGUAAACUAUUUUGCUUAUUAAACAAUAUUCAAUAUCAUGAUUAAACUAUUUAGUAUCAUGAUUAAACUAUUUGGAUUUUAUGGGAUUGUAUAUAUGCUUACACUAACAACCAUAUUUUUAACCUUAUUUGCUGGUGUUAAGUAAAAAGCAUACAAAUUCAUGUAAUGUCACAGUAAAACACUUCAUAAUUGUAUCGGCCACAUAUAUAGACUAAUUUUCAUUAUUAUGCCAGUACAUAUUCACAGAUUUUAUAUUUACACAAGGUGUCGUUUUCCCUGUUAUAGGCCAUAUGUUGCUUGGUAUAUCUUCUUUUGAUUUUUAUAUUGAUCAGGACAUCAUUGUUUCCUUUUUAUUUUGUGUGGAUGAUCAGCUUUUUAUCACUGGGGAUUUUUGUCACUCAUCAGCUAUAAAUUUGUCACACCAUUUAUACACACCCAUCCCCACCCUACACUGAUUCAUUGAUGUAUCAUGAAUUUGGGGUCAGACUGUGGCAAUUAACCCCGCAAACAAACACACAAAAACACAACAGAAUGCAUGUAGGAUUAAUUUUGUACAAUUUCAUUAUGUGAUUCAUUCAAAAUUUCUUUCUUUUUUUUUUCAAACAUUGUGAUUUUUAAAAUCAUGAACACAUUAUAAAUCUGGUUCAUUUCAUGUCUAUGUACAUGUUUUGCUUAUCUGUAUACAUUUACUUCAGAUGACUAACUCUCAGGUCACCUGAGGCCAAGUCCCAUGUAAAUCUAUUAUCGUCAUUUUGUUUUUGUCUGUCUGUGAACAGCCAACUUUUUAAACCACAGCAGAUUUUGAUGAAAAAAAAUUGUGUUAUCUUCCAUUGCCAAAGAUCAGGCAAAAGGUGAGAAUUGUGUGUAUAUUGUAUAGGACAACAUCUUGUUUAAGGUAGAAGACAUGACCCAGUAUUUACACAUUGUACAGGUAAAGUUAUGAUCUUUUCAUUCAAUGCAGACUACAUUGUAAGUGCACAAUGCUGCGAGAACAGUUUCAGUAUUGUACAUUAUAUGUGCUAGUAAGUGGAAUGCAGUGGUAUUCUACAGUAUCUUUUAUAUUUUAUAAAUUUGAAAGAAAGUUUCUGAUAAAUAAACAUUAUAUGUAAUUGAUAUUAUCAAAGUA